AGACAGAACUGGGCGUGGGUGCUGAGUCAAGUCAAAGAAGUAAAACAGCCUAAGUUCACUCCACAACGGCAUCAUCUGUGCGACACAGGUCACAACCUAUUGCUUUAUUUGUGACUAAAGCACCUGUGAACCAUGGAAGCAGAGGCACCUCACGCCGAGGCAUCCCAGCCCGAGCCCAGCAGCGUGUCGGGCAGCACACACACCAUCCCGCAGCAGACAACCGAGAACACGGAGCUCCUCAUCCCGAGCUUCCGCCCGCCGUCGGCCCCGUCCUCACCUACCACGACCAGCACUCUCUCGCGACUGGGCUUAAAAAGUCCCACGAGCCCCUCCGCACCCGCCCCUGGCAGCCCCGGGGGUGGCCAGGUGAGCGCCAUCACCGUGGUGGCCCUGCUAGAUAAGCUUGUCAACAUGAUGGAGGCGGUGCAGGACAACCAGCACCGGAUGGAGCAGCGACAGGCCGACCUGGAGGGCGCCGUGCGGGUCGUGCAGGGGGACGUGACCCGUCUGUCCAAGACACACAUCAGCACCUCCAACAGCGUCAGCAAGCUCCUCGAGCGCUCCCGCAAAAUGAGCGGUCACCUGAAGGAGGUGAGGGAGCGCUUGGACAAACAGGCCGUGCAAGUGAAGAAGCUGGAGGCAAACCACAGCCACCUGCUAAAGAGGAACCACUUUAAAGUCCUCAUUUUCCAGGAGGACAAUGAGAUCCCCUCCAGUGUGUUUGUCAAGGAUUCUCUCAAGACCCCACAACCAAGCCAGUAUGAUGCGGAGUCCACGCUGCCGAAUAUGUCAGUUGCCAGUUCUGUUGACGGCAUCCAUACGCAGGAGGAAGGUCUCCAGACCAUAAGCCUUUCUUCCGAUGAUGAUGAUGAACUCUCAGCACACAGAGCUGAGGGACACAUGAUGGAACAUGGGGCUGCGGGUACUUCCCAAACGUUUGAGAGAAGGUCUGACAAGUUCAAGCGCUCCAGUCUGAAAAAGGUUGAUAGUCUCAAGAAGAGCAUUGAGAAAAAGAUGGCCCAGAUCACCACCAAGAUUGUGCCCCCAGAAAAGCGGGAAAAAAUCAUGAAGAGCCUCAGUCCUACCCACCCCAAAAGCCCUUCUACCAAAAGCUCCUCAUUCAAGGUGUCUCCCAUGACAUUCAAUGUGAAGAAAGUCAGAGAUGGGGAGAUUCCCUCCCAAGACCUGGCCUCAGGGGGAGAAGCACAUGUGGAGAUUCCUCCACUGGAAUCCUUAGAUAGAGAUACCCCUUUGGCUGCGGUGCACACCCUGGAAGGUGCUGGGGAGAAAAGUGGAGAAAUGCUGAAUCGAUCAACCUCAGACGACAUAAAAGCAGAGCUGUCCAUCAAUGGAGAACCAACAAGCAUCCAGUGUGAAUUAAACGGUGAUCGUUCUGCUGGUCUCGCCGUCCCAGAACGUGAUGACGACGUUGGUGAGGAGGAAGAAGAGGAGGAAGAAGAUGAGAACCACAAAACCGAAGUGAAGACCGCAGCAAAUGUGCAGACUCCUACGGAAACGGUCGUUGUUGAGCAAGCAUCUUAGUUUUUUAGCGUUGACCAUUCCUGUUCUUCAUCCAGGAAGCAUAUAAAUUAGUUUGAUAUUCUCAUGAACACACACACUGAUACACGGUAGACAACAAUUCUUACAUUCAGAGUUGUUUCUCAAUGUUUGUGUGACAUUACUGCUUUUGACAAUCACCAGCGUCGUCUAAAGAACUUGACACGGACUGCAGUAACGUAGACAUCAUAAAACCACUGCUCACAACUUCAAUAGCAGCAUCUCCAGGGCGCUGGUCCAACUAUCUCCCUCUUGCUGGGCUUGUCUGCCUCUCUGAUUGGAAAUGAAAAACAGCCUCUUUGUUCUUGUUCUUUUUUCAUUGUGAAAACUAGUAAAUCUUUGGCAACAACACUUGUACCCGCACAGCCCCUUGAGGUAGUAUGUUGCCAGGAUGUGCAAGAGCAGGAAUGGAGAGUUUGGGUUAGGGUUAGGGUUUUAAACUUGUUUUAUCGCGAACUGGAGAUGUUUUGGUCUCCAGAAUUAACCAGUGAAUUCAUGUCUUUUACUGUCAUGACACAUUUUCCACCGAAGGCCACAUACGGAAAAAAAUAAAUGCUAGGGUGUUCACUUUGAUACAUUUUGUGCAUUAAGGAGGCUAAAACACAUCCAAUGUAGGUCAAUAUAUGCUAAGCUAUCUGAACAAAACAUCAACAUCUUAGCUUUGUGCUAUCAGUCACAAAUUAGUGGGGUUGGUGGUGAGCUGGUCAAGGUUGGAAGGUCUGUCAGUGUCUUUAUUUAUGUUUGAACGAGGCUGGUGCCAGCAACUCAUACAGUGGUUUGUACAGAUAAAUAAGUAAAUAUCAGGUUCUCAGUAGUAUUUGAAAUCGGCGAGUGGGGUUAUUUUUCGGAAAUAAUUGAGAACCACUUGUGCAAUUUAAUCAUUUUCUCAGUAAUAUCCAUUACUUUAUUGUCAUCAUCAUAGUGAAUAACAAUGAAAUGUUAGAGCUCACUCCUUGCAUAAUAAUGAUGUAACAAAAUGCAUUAAGUGGUGCAAUCCCAUUCCAUUAAACCCAUAAAUAUUCGAAAAAAGACACCAAAUGACACAGUAGUCAGUGCAGGCGCAAGUAUAAGACAGUAACAAGCUUAUACUGCAGUAUACAAAGAACAUCUCAAAAUAUAUCAUCAUUAAUUCAUUUUAUUUUUAGACUAUGCAAACGGCCAAUAAAAAAAACACACUUUGGACAACCCUGAGUUAAACAUUAUGUGUCUUAUGUGUAUUAAAAUACUGUACGUACUAACUUACUAAUGGAAAAGAACAGAAUAUUCACAUAUAUAUAACAAAUUAUUUAAUGUUUUUAAGAUGACAAGAACGUAAAGGAAUUUUAAUUCAAUAAUUUGAAUUUUUACAGUCAGAGAACGUGUUGGGUAGAAUUUAUUUUUAUAUUUAGAGAAAUCUAAAAUGACAGUAGUUUACAUUCUCAUUCUCCUGCUAUUGUUUUUUUCUGGGCAUUCACACAGUAUGUUUAUUUGCAGAAAUGACUUGUCAAUGUGGGACACAUUCUUCUUGAUGUUUUGCGCUAUACAAAAGUAUGAUUACGAUAACAGCUUUGGGAUGGUGUACUUUAUGUGAUGGAUUGUAGAGCUACGCAUUUUUGAGUGAUUUGCUUCUCGGUGGUUGUGAGGCAUCCGAAUCAAAUGUUUAGUGAUAUUUGUGCGUCUGACAUUUACCUUACCUUUUACCAUUGCUUGGGCUGCCUGUGACAUGCGCAUGCAUACUCAUCAUCUGCCUUGAACAUGUACAAGAUGGUAUGAAUAAUUGCACUCCUAAAGGAAUAGAUUCCAGUCAUUUUGUAGAUAAAACAGUAAAAUGCCUCCUUUUGUCAAAGCUAUAAUACUCUACUGAUUGCCAAUAUAUUAUACGGCCGAUGUUUCUAAGGCUGGAUGCACAAGAGAGAAAUUUGCAUUACACUUAGGGUUAAACAUACACACAAGCAGAAAUGCAGAAUCAGGUUACCUUCCUUUAAGCACAAUGAUUGCUUGCGUGCAUGUUUGUAAAACUUGUCACUCACUGAUGCCUUAGCCCGUUGCUGUGCAUGUAGAAAUACAUUUAACUGGACCAGUCCAGGGUGUUACGUCCACUUUUUGCUCAAAGUCAGCUGGUAUAGGCUCCAGCUCCCCACGACCCUGAACAGGAUAAGCAUUAGAAACUGGAUUGACAGACUUAAGGAUUGUUAGAUUAAUUUUUACAAACACAAUGUAUUAUCUUUUUUUUAAUUAACGUAAUUAGUACUACUGAUUAAUUGUCUCUUUUUUCUGCUAUGUGUGGUGCACGCUAGUGUUUUGAAUCUUACUGGAAUUAAGGUAUUUUCUGCUUAUCAUCUUUGUAAAUGUUCAACUUUGGUGACAUACAGUAUAUUUCUGUUUAAAAUAAAAAUGUAUAGAUUUAUGUGAAUAUAUGCCUAUUAUUGGUCUGGAAAGAUGUCUCAGUUAUUGUCUCUCAUUAGAAAGAAAACAGCUAGUGAUUUGGUUUUAAUUUGGUGGCUGGACAAUAGAUUGGUAAUUCAGAGACUAGGAAACCACUUCAACCAAAGAUGUUUCCUUGACACCAGCAGCUUCCUUGCCACUUGAGUGUUAAACCUUUCUGUUUGCUAACUUGCUAUCUUGUUAACUUGCAAGAAUUUCCUUUCGAACUUUAGUCAAUAAAAGAAAAAAAUGUGCAGCU